AUGGCGCCGAAACACCAUAUUAAUGGCCACGCGCCUAACCUUGAAUCCUACUUCAACUCGAAGUUACAUUUGGAGGCGUCCGUCGAGACAGCUGUGACACUUUUGAAGAGGCGACAAAUACAUGGCCCAGAGCAAUGUGCUCUUGCAACUGCGCACAUUCUCUCGCAGGUGGUUGUCAAGUCAAAAUGGGCCGAUGUUGACCAGCUGCUAGAUCGUGUGUAUCAGGUUGGACGGAAGUUAGUCGAUGCACAGCCGCAGGAGCUGGUCAUCGGUAACAUCAUUCGACGGGUUCUAGGCCUUAUCAGAGACGAAGCUGAAGAAGACCGGAACGAAAACGCCAACGAAACUGGUGGAGACUUCGUUCCAGAUCUGCGCACGGCGGCAACCACAGCAGCAGCGACAUCUCUUUCGUUUUCUGCUUCCCCAACUUCAGCGCACGCUCCAAUUUCUUCUUCUCUACCACGACCUUCGCGCCAAGCGUCCCUUGUGCCAGCCUCGGGCUCGUACCAGUCCAUGUUUAACCUUCUAUCUGCGGCGGAGCCGUCGCCUUCAGUUGGCGGAGAUGCGAGUUCGACUGUCUCGGGUGCAUCAACACCUGUGCAUCUUGCCUCAGGCCAAGGUCAUGGCAGCGCGGUCAAUUUUGCUGGGAGACAUAGCGCUCUCAGGGACGAGAUUGUGGACGGUAUAGAAGAAAUCAAAGACGAGAUUGGCCAAGCGGAUGACCAGAUCGCCGGCUUUGCUGAAGGGCAGAUUAAGCCAGGCGACUUUGUGAUGGUCUAUGCACCCUCCCGAUCAGUAGAAAAGUUUCUGGUCAAAGCGGCGUUGCGACGGCGAUACACGCUGUUCUUGGUGAACGACAAUAGUCCGACACAUUCCUCUACUGGACUUCAGGCUGUUGGCGAGCGCUACGCGUCUCUUCUGAAGCGGUUGAGUGCAGCAAAAGUCAAUGUCAUACGGGUAGCCAACAACGCUGUGGCCUCUUACAUUCCCCGGACAAGCAAAAUUGUGCUCGACGCACGAGCCAUCGCAGCCGACGGCGGCGUUCUUGUCGACAGCGGAGGAGGGCGGGUUGCUCGAGCGGCCCACGCCCAGGGCUGCACAGUUCUUGUUGUGGGCGGCGUGUAUAAGGUUUCCCCAGAGUCCUGGACGGAUCCGGAUGCAUUUGUAGAAUGGGGAGAUCCAGGCAGGCUUGCUCGCUUUGCGGACGGUGCAAUUUUGGACGGCAUCAAAAUCGAAUCUGCAAUGACGGAAUACCUACCUCCCGGCCUGAUUGACAUUUACGUAACCAAUUUAGGGCCGCAUUCAAAACACUAUCUCGAAAGCGUAAUUGCAGACCACUACAAAAAUGAGGAUUUGGAGCUAUACGGACAGUAG